CCUGUGCGUCGUCUGCUCUGGUUUUGUUUGACAACCAAGAACCAGAAAACAGAGUGGGGAAGGAAAUUUUUGCAAAAGAUAUAGCCUUUUUAUUGGUUUGACAAACUUUUUUAGUAUUCUUCCGAGUAGUGUUUUUUGCUACAGUCCCGAAGUGGUGCCGGAGAUACCCGAAGCCAGCCCGAAGCUCCCCGCCGCUGUUCGCCGCUUUGAAAAUAAACAAACGCCGCCCGAAGCAGCAUUCUUUGACAACAAAUCAAAGAGAUUGGGAAAUUUUCAGAAUUAACAUACCUAGCUGCCCUGUCUUCUUCGAAACCUCUCAUGUUUUGGUGUCCUUUUACUUUUUCUAGAGGAAGCAACGAUGACUCUUUACUUGGAUUACCGCGUGCAGUCCCCAGAUCCGUCCGCCAUAAAUGUCAGCAUCGAAUGGCACCUGCAGCACCAUUUGCUAGCUGUCACAUCUUGCAGUGAGGAAAGGGGUGGAUUUGUCACUGUUUAUGAUGAACUAGGAGAACCUUUAAGGAACAUACGCUUCCCACAACAUCCAGCUUCACAAAUAACUUCAUCGGCAUGGCAUCCUGAUCGUAAAGUCCUGGUGUGUGGCUGGGAAAAUGGUGAUUUACAGUUGUGGAAUGGUGGCACAGACUUUAUAACUGUUUCAUCACCUCACCGAGGUAUUGCUAUCACAAUUCUUCUGUGGAGCCAUCGUGGAGGGAGACUUGUUAGUGCUGAUGCGAAUGGUGGCCUGGUUGGUUGGAGACUUGAUGGUCAUGACCAAUUACAACUUGUAUUCCAACAAACACUUCGAGAACCUCUUACUCAUAUUGUUUUCAAGCAACGUGAACCGAAGGCCCCACAAAUGGACAUUUCAGGAUUAGCACGCGCUGCUGUAGCUGGAGAUGAAAAAGCCUUGGACAUGUUUAGUGCUUGGCGCCCUAGAACUGCUGGAAAUCGUUUUAGUCUUAAUUCUCAGGGGCAAGACAGCCUCUCCUUUUAUGUGGCAUCUCUCAGAGGUUUAAUAUAUUAUGUAUCAGAGUCUGGAUCAUGUUCAGAAGUGUUGAACACUGACGGCCAGAUUGUGCGUAAACUUCUGUACCUACGCCUGAAAGAUCAUCUUAUAGUUGUAACUGAGUCUCUCACCGUUACUCAGUUUCAAACUGAUUCAGAAGGGAUGCUAUCUGAACUCUCCAAGGUUAAACUCAGUGCCCAAGCUGGUGACACACAGAUUUUAUGGGCUGGUCCAAGUUGCCUUGCUAUCACUAUUGGAGACUUAUCAAUAAGGUUGUGGGAUUUGGAAUCAUCUGACAGUUAUCUUCUUGUUCCUUCUCAAGAGGAGUCACCAAAAAGCCCUACAAGACAAGCUUUUAUAUGCUUAGCUUUCUGCAGUGUGCGAGAAAUACUCUGUGCUGGCACAAACAGUGGAUACAUCUACAUGUGGAAAAAACGCCCCACUGGAUCUGACACUUCUGAAGGAGCAGAUUCUUGGGAGCCUUUACCCCCAUCUAAUGUGAGAAAUGCAGUGAAGCAGUUACAGUGGGGCCCAGGUGCUGGAGAACUUGCUGUCAACUGUAUAACAAAUGUGUACAUAUUACGAGAACAGGUUUUAGCUGCUUGCUACAAUCAGCAGGUUUCAGCUGUACAGAUAUCUGGAACUGCAUUGGUCGUGUCCAUUGGAACUAACUAUCCUCCUCUUGACCUUCAUACUGAGAUUCAAAUCAAAGGCGUAGUAGUGUCCAGUGACCACAUAGCUGCAUGGAGUGGUCGUACUGUAAUUGUGUACCAAUUGUUGCUAGGUGAAUCAGUCUCAAUCAGUGUUGAAGGAACAUUUGCUUGUAUGGUGGAAACUGCAGUACUGUUGGACAAAAGCAUUGUAAUUUUGGGCGAAGGAGAAGGAAACACAUCUGGUUCUAAUCCAAACAUCACUGUGAGAACUUUUCAGGGUACAGUGAAGCAGACACUUGCUUUGAAUGACCAAGAAGGUAAACCACUCUCCAUGGAACUUAAUGGCAAUUUUUUGACUGUCACUUCUGACAUAGGUUUCAUCAAAAUGUGGGACUUUUCCAGACGAGAAGCAAAAGUUCAUGGUCAGUCAAAGGAUAUUGCAGAGGCACUCCCUGAUUUUGGCGAAAUAAUACUAGCCCGCAGUAACUGUACUGGAAAUAAGGUGUCAUUUACCAUAGCUCAGUCAAAUCUUCUGCCAGAACCAAAACUUUAUGUGUGGGAUAUAGAAAGUGACAGCAUUUGUUACUUGAAUUUUACAAAUGGUAAACUUAGCUCUGAAGAAAUCGAAAGCAGCACCGAUCCUGCUGGAGAAACUGCAGACAAUGAUUUUUCACAGCGGCGGGGGCUUGUCGGCCGCUUUGUACUUUCUCAUUGUUGGGACCAAGAGGAACCAAAGCUUUUAGUCUGCGAGGCCAAGCGACAUCCUCAGGCUGCCAGUCAAAGUACAAAAGAGAAACCUUCUCUGUGGACUCGAAGGGCUUCUUCCAGCAUUAUGACUAUGCCUGCUUGUAACGAUACUUCAGCCACCACUAAACGCUUAGCUGCAAUCCAGGAGGCAGAAGUGGUGGUGACAACUUUACUCUCAUCUCCUGAACAUGAUGUCCUAAUCCAAGACGUGUUUCCAUUAGCUGAAUAUCAUUCAGGAUUGUUGGGACUGCAUGUUCCUUACUACAUCUUACUACGCAAGACUCAAGACUGGAAGGUGCAGGCACCAGUUGAAAGAGCUCUUCUACGGGAUUUUGAAGGGUUGGCAGACUGUGACAAAGCCACUCGUGAAGCAAUCAUAAGUUUCAGCUACCAUUUAAGCCUGGGAAAUAUGGACGAAGCUUUUAAAGUUAUAAAAUCAAUGCAAAACACUGUGGUUUGGGAAAGUCUCGCCCGUAUGUGUGUGAAGACAAAGCGAUUAGAUGUUGCUGCAGUAUGCCUUGGUCACAUGAAACACGCUAGAGGUGCUAGAGCUCUGAGACUUGCUGCAUCCGAACCUCAAUUAGAAGCACGAGUUGCUGUGCUAGCUGUUCAAUUGGGUCUACUGGAUGAAGCAGAGAGCCUGUACAGGUCAUGUGGGAGAUUUGAUCUUCUGAACCAGAUGUACCAAGCCAGUGACCAGUGGGACAAGGCCCUGGCCACUGCUGAAGAGUCUGACCGAAUCCACCUGCGAGGCACUUACCACAAUUAUGCUGGUGUGUUGGAGCAGCGAGGCGAUUCUAGUGGAGCAGCACACAUGUACCAUCGAGCAGAUACGCACAGACACCAAGUACCACGAAUGCUUCAACAGGAUCCAGCUGCUCUCCAACAGUACACUUUGAAGUCCAAGGACCCUACUCUUGUGAAAUGGUGGGCUCAGUACUUGGAAAGUACUGGGCAAAUGGACGUUGCCUUAAAGUGUUAUGAAGAAGCAGCUGACCAUCUGUCCAUGGUGAGGGUGCUUUGCUUCCAAGAGGCUUAUGACAAAGCAGCUCAGGUUGCCAGUGAUAGCUCCAACCGAGCCGCUUGUUAUCACUUAGCAAGGCAGUAUGAAGCAAUUGAUGAAAUCCAGCUAGCGGUGCAAUUUUUCACUAGAGCUCAAGCAUAUGCCAAUGCUAUUCGUAUCUGUAAGGAGCACAGUUUGGAUGAGCAGCUCUGGAACUUAUCCCUGCUGGCAUAUCCCAGAGAUCAAUUGGAAGCUGCUAGGUAUUUUGAAACAUGUGAACCACCAGCUCACGACAAGGCAGUGUUGCUCUACCAUCGUUCUGGCAUGCUCCACAAAGCCUUAGACCUUGCUUUCCGAACACAACAGUUUGAUGCGCUUCAACUUAUUGCCGUUGACUUAACUUCAUCUUCUGACCCAGCAUUAAUCCAAAAAUGUGCCAGGUUUUUUGUUGAAAACAAUCAGUUUGACAAAGCAGUGGACCUACUUGCUGUUGGUAAAAUGUACUCUGAGGCAUUGGCCCUCUGUGUAGAGCACAAUAUAACCAUGACUGAAGAGCUUGCAGAAUGUCUGUCUCCUGAAAAGGGAGAAAGAUCAGAUGAAGAAAGAACAGCUAUUUUAGAGCAACUUGCUGACUGCUGCCAAAUUCAAGGAAAUUACCACUUGGCCACAAAAAAAUUCACUCAAGCUGGAAACAAAGUAAGAGCUAUGAAAGCUCUUCUGAAGUCUGGGGAUACUGAAAAGAUAAUUUUCUUUGCCAAUGUUUCUCGUCAAAGAGAAAUCUAUGUUAUGGCAGCAAACUACCUGCAAUCCUUGGAUUGGCAAAACGAGCCCGCUCUGCUUAAACACAUUGUUAAUUUCUAUACCAAAGGAAAGGCUUUAGAUUUGUUGGCUAAUUUCUACACUGCUUGUGCCCAGGUUGAGGUGGAUGAGUACCAAAAUUACGAGAAGGCUUUGGGUGCAUUGGCAGAAGCAAGUCGAUGCCUUGCUAAAGCAGGAUCUGUGAAAGAAGGAAUAGUAGAAGCUGUAAAUUUAAGAUCAGCCUUAGUAAAGAAGUUUUUAGAUGUGAAAAGAAUGUUUGAAAGGGGAGAGACUGAUGUUGCUGUGAGUCAGUGCCGUCAGUUGUUGCACAAUGCCCCUGAUUUGGAAGUGGCUGUCAGAAGGGGAGAUGUCUACUGUUUGUUGGUUGCACAUGCUGCCAAACAAAGAGACUGGACGAGUGCCGCAAGCCUGAUUGAAGAGAUGAAGAGGGAGGCAGGAGACAACCUUGCUUAUUACCUUCCUGCAGAAUUGUUGGAGCUACUUGCAAGUAAUGGUGUAUCGGUUGGAUCAAAGACAACUGAGCCUAUCAUUGAAUCUCCUGAUGAUGCAGAAGAGAUCAUUGAAACGGUAGGUGAUGUAGACACUGAGUGAUAUCUACUGGAGAACCAGCCAAAGAGGUAAACUUAACAAACAUAUCCGUCCAUGUACAUGUGAUUGAGCUAUUGAUGCUUUACAGUUUGGUGGGUAAAUUGAUAAUGCGUGGAUGCUGGUUGUGCUAUGUGUUUUGGAGGCAUAAAAUGCAGUUAGCGCUUUAUCAUUUGGGAUACUUUUUGUUUUAAAUCUUUUCUGUGAUAGAAACUAACCCAGUAUUUAAUUCAGAAGUUAUGCCUCUGUGUGGCUUGAAAGUUGGGAGCCUAUGAUUUUAAUUAAAUUUCCCAGUGGGGAAUAUGUUUUUGAAUUGCAUGUGAACUUCAGAAUGAGUUAACUGUACUGUACCUCUUUGUGGUUUGUAUUGUUGGCCAGUGAUAAUAAUUUUAAUGUUUUCGGUUGCACGAUAUUUUAUGUUCUAUGUUGUAUAUUCUGCAUGUUAUGGGCUAAGUGCAUGUUGUCUGUUAGCUGGUCAACUGUGUACCAUAUUUUUUUGAUUCUUUACUUUAGCUGAGGUCAUGAAAUGGCUAAAAAAAGUAUUCUGGAUAACUUCAUUGAGAUGUAUUUUGUCACUUGAGAUCUAGGUAAUACAAAACUGAAACAUACAAAGAAAAAAACCAGCAGAGCUAUAAAAACAACUUACAAAACGAUGAUGCUGAAAUUUUUGUUUGAGCUCUUUGAAUGAGACAAAAUUUUAUCAAAUUAUCUAUCCUACAAACACAUCACAUGAAGUGAAUUUUCACAAACGCAAACACACCAUAUGACAAUCAUCAAACAUUGUUAGUCACAUGGAAAUGCAAAGUCAACAAAAAAAAUCAACAAAAAGGCACACAUUUCAACUUAGAUGCACAUCACUUAAAAAUACUAGCUUCCAUUCACUGUCCUUUUCUUGUGAUGUAUUUUAACAUGACCAUAGUGACCAUACAUUCAAGUGACCAUACAUAUCUUUGUAAGUGACAUGAUGAGGAGUCUACCAUGGGGCAACUAUCUGUUAGUCAUCUAAAUGUGGUCUUUGAGCCGUAAUAAGUUACAUAAUAUUUUUUUUCCAUAUUUUAAAAAUAUUGCUCAUGCGCACAUGCUGCCUCAUGGUAAAUUUUACCUAGUUGUCAUUUCUUUUUUCUUCCAAAAUAAGGUUUGGGCAACUUUAUCCACAAAAUAACCAGCUUUUCCUGCCUGUACUAUAGAAAUAGAUGUAUUCAAAUGCAGUUGUAUUCAAAUGCAAUUUCUUAAGUAAAAUAUAUAAUUAUGUAUCUAUAAAUUCAUUUUCUUGCUUUUAAGAGUUUGACAAGUGGGAUAUCUGCAAUAUGAUGUAUCAUCCUUUUUCUGGUCAAGUUUGGAUAAAACUUACAAUUUUACUCACCCGACAUAAGAAACCUUCUGAAUUGAAAGUGGCAACAGGAAGGGACUGUAAGGGGAAUGUCUUGCACUUAUAAUAUGUCAGUAUGUCUCUACAUUAUCACUACAACGCUGAUGGAAUUCGUACAAAACAUCUUUGAAUAUUUUAUCAAUCGCGUUCUACCCCAUCCUACUGGCUCACAUCAACUCUAUUCCGACAAGUCACUAGAGUCCUAUUUCAGAACUCUACAAGUCACAGGCUAACAUGUAACACAGAAAGCACACAGCUACACGUUAGCUCUAGUUUCUUUGUUUGUAUAUGUACAUUUAUUCAUGAAAUUGGAUUUGGUGUUUCGCAGACUGUAAAACUUUGUGCCUUUGCACAACUAAUUUUUUCAAACGGAACUUAUGAAUAAUGUAUUAGUUAUUUAAAGUACAUAAUAAAGGGCCAUUCUCAUCAUUUCUCAGAGUUCCCUUCUCAAACCCAUAGUGAAUUAUUUCAGAGAUGACUCCUUCACUUGUGCAAGUAAACAACCAACAAGGCCACAUUUUGUAUCUAUUUUUAAAAAUUGGGCAUGCAAAAAAAAAAAAAAAA